AUGAAAAACCUCUCGCUUCUCCUCCUCUUCCUCCUCUUCCCUGUCCCGGGGUUGCUGGACUCCAGCAGGUCACUCUGUUCCAUGGAUAAAGCCAUUGACAAGAAGAUCAAGCAAAGCUUCAGCUCCCUAUGGUCAGAAGCAGUAAUCAGCGGUGGCAUCCGAUGCCGGACAGUCUCUUCCAGAGGGGACUUGGCCUCCUGCCCAGAAGGCUUAGCAGUCACCAGCUGCUCCUGUGGCUCUGCCUGUGGCUCGUGGGAUGUUCGAGAGGGAACAACGUGUCACUGCCAGUGUGCAGGCAUAGAUUGGACAGCAGCCCGUUGCUGUGCCCUGGGGGUUGGUGCCUGAGGUCUUGAGAGUUGAGCUGGUCUGCCACGUGCUGGGGCAGAGGGAUGGGGCUGGUGAGAGGGCAGGGGGCAAGUCCAAGAUGAGGGGCUGGAAACAGGGGAUGAGGUGAUAGUGAUGUUGCUGCUGAUGGUGAUGAUAAAGGUGAAUGGUGA